GCCGCUUCUAUGCCGACUCUCGGUUUCCUCAAGAAGAAGCGGACGAAGGACUCGACGGGCUCACGGGACCUCGACUCACCGACUUCGCCCAUCAAGGAGACGUCUUCACCUCUAACUCCCACUACUUCAAAGACCACCACGGGCUCUUUCAACCACGGCAGCAAGUCCUCCAACCCUGACUCUUCCUCCGUCAACAACACUGUAUCGCAGUCUCCUCCAAAAUCCGCAGCUCCCCCUAAGCAAGCCGAUCCGAUGAACCCAUCUUACCCUCAGCAGGCAUACGCGACCCCGCAAGCGUCUCCCGAGCCUAAUCAACAACAGACCUCGCACAAUGUCGCCAGCAUACAGAACCUCAUCCACCCCUCCAACUCGAAUCAGGCGUACCAGCAGCAGGCACAGUCACAGCAACAGCCCCAGCAGCAAUCCCAGCCGCAAUUACAGAAUCCCUCGAACUCCGGCAUGCAGGCUACCCCUCAGCAACCGCAGACCCAAGUCCGCGUAACAAAGGGCAAAUACACACUCGGCGACUUCCAGAUACAGAGAACCCUGGGCACUGGUAGUUUUGGUCGGGUGCAUCUGGUCCAAUCUAAACACAAUCAGCGAUUCUAUGCUGUCAAGGUGCUGAAGAAGGCGCAGGUCGUCAAGAUGAAGCAGGUUGAGCAUACAAACGACGAGCGUCGCAUGCUUCAGCAGGUCAAGCACCCGUUUCUCAUCACCCUGUGGGGUACCUUCCAAGACUCCAAGAACCUCUACAUGGUCAUGGACUUUGUCGAGGGUGGUGAGCUAUUCAGUCUCCUGCGGAAAUCUCAGCGUUUCCCCAACCCAGUCGCAAAGUUCUACGCUGCAGAAGUCACCCUUGCGCUCGACUACUUGCACGCCCAGAAUAUCAUCUACCGUGAUCUGAAGCCGGAGAACUUGCUCCUUGACCGCCACGGACACUUGAAGAUCACUGAUUUCGGUUUCGCUAAAGAGGUCCCCGACAUUACCUGGACUCUCUGUGGAACUCCCGAUUAUCUUGCACCGGAAGUAGUAGCGUCCAAGGGAUACAACAAGUCCGUGGAUUGGUGGUCUCUGGGUAUCCUCAUCUUCGAGAUGCUUUGCGGUUUCACACCUUUCUGGGAUGGCGGAUCACCCAUGAAGAUCUAUGAGAACAUUCUGAAGGGUCGGGUUAAGUACCCUCCCUACAUCCACCCGGAUGCACAGGAUUUGCUCCAGAAGCUCAUUACACCUGAUCUUACCAAGCGACUUGGCAAUCUCCAUGCAGGUAGCAAAGAUGUUAUGAACCAUCCGUGGUUCGCCGAAGUCACCUGGGAGCGUCUCCAGAAGAAGGACAUCGAUGCACCCUACGUUCCCCCUGUAAGGGCUGGCGUGGGCGAUGCCAGUCAGUUCGACAAGUACCCCGAGGAAACCGAAGCAUAUGGACAGACCGGUGAUGACCCGUAUGAUAACUACCCCUUUCUUGCGCUUUGUAGAUGGUGCUAACAUAUCCAGGUACGGAAACCUUUUCCCCGACUUCUAGAUCAUCUCCGGACAGUGUCUGGCAGAACAGACAUUAUGACGAAUCCGAUUCCGCGGAAUUCCGUUCGAGAUGGAGCGGAAC